ACUUCCCCUCUCCCCCCGCCCCCGCUCUCCCCCCGGCAGCCUGCUCCAGGCUCCCGUGUGCUAGACAGGCGGACGGGGUUGGCUGGAACUGCAAUUGGCACAAGUGCUUCCCUGUGCCGGGGUGUCAUGGAAGGGCUGCUGACAAGAUGCAGAGCACUGCCCGCUCUGGCCACCUGCAACCACCAGCUCUCUGGGUACAUUCCCCGCGGGUUUUCCCACUGUGCCCCAGGGAGAGGGAGGCGCUUGGCGCUGUCCUGCAUGUUCCAGCCCCAGAACCUUCGGGAAGACCAGGUGCUCCCAGUGGAGGGCAGAUCUGGCGACCUGACCUGUAAGAGCCAGCGGCUGAUGCUGCAGGUGGGCCUGAUCCACCCAGCAAGCUCCGGCUGUUACCACCUCCUGCCUUAUACUGUUCGUGCCAUGGAGAAGCUGGUGCGGGUGAUAGACCAGGAGAUGCAGGCCAUUGGCGGGCAGAAGGUCAACAUGCCCAGCCUCAGCCCAGCAGAGCUCUGGCGAGCCUCCAACCGGUGGGACUUAAUGGGCAGGGAGCUGCUAAGACUUAGAGACAGACAUGGCAAGGAAUAUUGCUUAGGACCAACUCAUGAGGAAGCCAUUACAGCUAGGAAGUUUCGGGAUGAGCCCAGGCCCCGCUUUGGUCUUCUCCGUGGCCGAGAGUUUUACAUGAAGGACAUGUACACCUUCGACUCCUCCCCAGAGGCCGCCUGGCAGACCUACAGCCUGGUAUGUGAUGCCUACGGCAGCCUGUUCGACAGGCUGGGGCUGCGGUGUGUCAAGGUCCAGGCAGACGUGGGCAGCAUCGGGGGCACGAUGUCUCACGAGUUCCAGCUCCCAGUGGAGAUCGGAGAGGACCGGUUUGCUGUCUGCACCAGCUGCAGCUUCUCGGCCAACGUGGAGACGCUAGGCUCGUCUCAAAUGAACUGCCCUGCUUGCCAGGGACCACUGACUGAAACCAAAGGCAUUGAGGUGGGGCACACGUUUUACCUGGGCACCAAGUACUCCUCCAUUUUCAAUGCCCAGUUUAUUAACAUCCAUGGCAAACCUUCCCUGGCUGAAAUGGGGUGCUAUGGCUUAGGUGUGACACGGAUCUUGGCUGCUGCCAUUGAGGUUCUCUCUACAGAAGAUUGCAUUCGCUGGCCUAGCCUCCUGGCCCCUUACCAAGUCUGCCUCAUCCCCCCGAAGAAGGGCAGUAAGGAAGAGGUGGCUGCAGAGCUCACGGGGCAGCUGUAUGACCACAUCUCAGAGGCAGUGCCGCAGCUUCGUGGGGAGAUCCUACUGGAUGACAGGACCCAUCUGACCAUUGGAAACAGACUGAAGGAUGCCAACAAAUUUGGCUACCCCUUUGUGAUCAUCGCUGGCAAGAGGGCCUUGGAGGACCCUGCCCAUUUUGAGGUUUGGUGCCAGAACACCAGCGAAGUGGUCUUUCUCACCAAAGAAGCAGUCAUAGAAUUACUGAGCCACGUGCAGGUAGUCUAAAUGCCCCAGCCCACCCUCCUCAUGUUGAGCCUUGGAGUUCAUUCUAAUGCUGCUCCCUUUCCUGCACUCCUUUCUGGGGCUGGUCUCAGAAACAGGGAAGCUCAUGGACGAUGAGCACAUGUUAGGGAAACCAAUUUUUAUCCAGUCAUUUGUUCAAACUAUUUGUAUUUAAAGUCAUUAGCUUGGUCCCUUCUCUGGCCUGGCCAUGCUGCCAUAUACCAUUCCUUUGAUAUCUUGUUAGGAGGCAGGGAGGCAAGAAAGAGCAGACUUCUUGUCCUGGCCCUGAGGCGAGUCACUUCCCUUCUCUCAGCUGUUUCCCAUGUGUAGGGUGGGAGUGGCUGAUAGCCAAGGCCCUCCUGGCUCCAUAGUCUGACCACAGGCCACUUGCUGCAUAUAGUCUGGAGAGCAGGCCAUGAGAAAAUGGAACUAGAUCUGUAAAGUCUUUAACAGCUGUCUGUCACUGGCUGGUUCCACGAGAGGUUCAUAACAGACAGAUCUGGUUCCUCUAAUCCCCUUUAGUCUAAGUUACACAGAAAGUUGAUAUAAUCAGCUAAUGGCCCCAGUAGAUCUACUCUAUUGAGGUGGCUCUGCACUGAGAUCAUGUUGAGACGAUUGAAUAAAGUCAAACUAUUGG